AUUGAAAACUAUUUAAUAGGGAAAGGGAAAAGUGCAAUAUUGAUUUGAUUUUGUUUCCGUUGUAUAAAAAGUUGUUCUGAGUGAGAGAAAGAGAAGAAAAAUGGGAGGAAGAAUGCACACGAAAUCAGACUCGGAGGUGACGAGCAACAGCAUGGAGCAGUCGUCGCCGGCGCGUUCUCCUCCGCGGCGGCCACUCUACUACGUCCAGAGCCCUUCAAACCACGACGUGGAGAAAAUGUCCUACGGCUCAAGCCCCAUGGGUUCCCCACACCACCAUUUCCACUACUACCUCUCUUCCCCCAUCCAUCACUCUCGCGAAUCCUCCACCUCUCGCUUCUCCGCUUCCCUCAAAAACCCUCGCAACUUCUCCUCCUCCUCCUCCUGGAAGAAGCUCCACCCUCACCCCAACCCCGACGUUGACCCCGACGACCAUGACGACGCCGACCACCACCUCAAGCAGUCCUCCCGCAACCUCCGCUUGUACUUGUGGUUCUUCCUCCUCUUUCUUCUCCUUUUGACCCUCUUCUCUUUCAUCCUCUGGGCCGCCAGCAAGACCUACAAGCCUCGAAUCAUUGUCAAGGUAACUUGUCCAAAUGGUAUUGUUAUUUACUGUAGUCUUUGUGAUUUGAUAUUUGGUUUUUGUUAUGGGGGUGGACAGAGUAUAGUGUUGGAGAACUUGUAUGUUCAGUCAGGAAACGAUGGAACUGGGGUACCAACUGAUAUGUUGUCGUUGAACUCAACGGUCAGAAUAUUGUACAGAAAUCCUGCCACUUUCUUCGGCGUUCAUGUCACUUCUACCCCUCUUCUCAUUAGCUAUUACCAGCUUGCAAUUGCCUCUGGCCAGAUGCAGAAGUUCUAUCAAUCGAGGAAGAGUCGGCGGAGUUUGGCUGUAGUGGUUUCAGGACACCAGAUUCCUCUCUAUGGUGGCGUGUCAGUUUUAGGGAAUACUAAAGAGCAUUUGGAGAGUGUUGCAUUGCCACUGAACCUGACAUUUGUAGUGAGAUCAAGGGCCUUCAUCUUGGGAAGAUUAGUUAAGUCUAAAUUCUUUCGAAGAAUCAGAUGUUCUGUCACUUUGCAUGGCAACAAACUUGGAAAACAUCUUAAUUUAACGGAUUCCUGUGUUUACAAGUGAUAUUUAUUCCCUCAUCCCUUAAAUGGCUCAGACGACAUGCUUUCACUUUAUUACUUGUAACGAUAGCUGGUACAUUUUUUGGCUCGUUAUUUUUAGUUUUUUGUUACCCAUCAUCUAGCAGAACGAACUUGUCCAAUGUCCAUUUGUCUCCGUAAAUAUCUGAACGCCAAUUUUAAUGUAAUAUGUGUUCAUUGCUUCA